CGGAGCCGCAGUCGGGCACGCCGCUCGCACCGGAUCUGCCUCGACUGGCCUGCGACUGAAGUCCCAAGGACCGGACGGGGCCUGCUGUAGCUGUGCAGAGCGCAGUGGAGCCCAGCAUGCCGACCAUCGGCGCUGACCGUGGAUUCAUGGCCACCGCCAACGGGCUCCUGAGGAUAGCCGAGAUCAUCUUGGGCCUGUGCGGGCUCAUCUGCAUCGAGUCAAUCAGCGGCGAGUGUUAUUACGCCUACCUACACCGCUACGAGUUCAGCCUGUUCGUGGUCAUCACGUCGUUCCUGUUCGCUUUCUUCGUCAUCAUGGUGUUCGUGCUACGCGCCCAGGAGGCCCUGGCCAGAUGCUUCAACGUCCCGCUCUCCCUACUGGUGAGCGACAGCUUCAUCGCUCUGUUCUACCUGAUCGUUUGCCUGCUCGAGUUCACUGCUUUCUGCCCAGAUCCAGAUGACAAUGCAUCGACCAAAGUCGCUGGGGUGUUCGCCAUGUUCGCCAUGAUGUGCUUCGUGGUCUCCUCCUAUUUCUCGUACAAGUUCUUCCAAGAGGAGAGGCUACCCGCACUGCCGCCGCCAGGCCUGCACUCGGCCACCGUCACGCAGGUGCUGCCCAAGUAGCCACGCCGUCGUCUCUGCCGUGGCCCGAUCACGCCGGCAGACUCUUGAGCAACUUCGCACCUGCGCGGAGUGAGAAACGUUGCCGUCUUGGAUGAGGACCACUUCAGCUGUUCCUGCGCCUUGUACACCUUCGGGCGAAGCAUGGGGCACCGGGUGGGAAACGCUCGGGAUACACGCGUGUCGGAGUGUGUGAUAGUCCCAACCUGGCAAGCCCGGAAUGGUCCGCUCCCCCUGCCGUUUGAUGGGAGAAGCGUCGGCCAGACAACAGUGGGGAGUUGGACCCGUUUAUUGUGCACAUAGACACCGCUUUGGCAUAAUCUCUCCAAACAUCGUAGGGGAAUGAGGCCUCGUUUAUUGGAGAGUCUUUUUUCUUGUUUUUUUUUUUUUAACCCAUCUUCCCAGCCAAGUACGGCCCGCAUUACCGCUGCUGUUUUCGUUCGCUUGAGCCGCAUAGCAGCAAUCAACUGCGCCGCCAGUUUGGGCGUAAGUGGUACGUGCAGAGUCGGAAAAUUCAAAAACAAGCCCCUGAUACACAUGAUAUUUAAUGCUGUGACAUUUCUCAUUUUCCACUGACAUAUUCGUCCCAUAAUGCAGCGAACAAGCUUCAAAAUUUCAUCCAUUGAGCCCAAAUGACAAAUGGACUCCUCAUCUUGUCACUUUCCACUACAGUAUAAUUCAUCUAGACCUCUCGUCCAGAAACAAACAUGUCCCAGCAAUGUGUACUUCACGCACACCGUAACGGCAGCUAUGCCCCGUGAUGUUUCCACGAAGCAUUGUACAUUAGUGAAGGGAACAACGGGUGAAAAUGGCAUAAUGUCAAGUGGCAGACAACGAAGUUCAAGUGAGUUAUUGUAAUUAUUUACAGCAGACGAUUCAGCAAACUCAUGCCACUGCGCUCAUGUCGAAUGUCGCGUAACCUGAAUGUACCAGAACAGGAAAGGAUGGAGCUGAGAGGUGGAGGGAAGGUUAUAUAAAUCCGAGCACGAGUUUUACAACAGCAGUCAUUCUCCAUGUUGGCAUAAGUUACUAAUAGGUGUUAUUGUCAGUUCUGUCACGUUUAUUCUUUAUCCAUUUGAUAAUUAAGAACAUUGUUGAGGUCUAGGACAUGUUUUGUUUGUAUGUCAUUUCUGUGAGCGUUGCUUUCGCGAAAAGUGGCACGAUCCAUCCAGAGACAACUAAGAGGCGAAAGCCGAGCUUGUUCCUGCAAUACCUGCAACGGCUGCGUGGCGCAGUUGCCUGUGAAGUGCUAUCAUCGUGCACAGCGUUGUCCUGUUGAGCCAACCUAAUCCGAACAAAGGGGUCUUUUCAUUGCGGGCGGAUGAAACCGCGGCACAGUUACAGAUGAGAAGUUGGUGCGGGAAAGAUAUACUUUGCCAAGGAGUUAUGAGGUAGGAAACCUGGCCACCGCUUCCAUAAGUCGAUCAGUUUGUUACGCUGCGUAUUUCUGUAUGAGGUAGCGCUGAUGUCACACACGACGUGGCGGCGAGGGAGCCAGGCUACGGUGGGCUACUGCGGAAAGCUAGCGCGCAGGGGUUCGCGCGUGCAGGCGCUGACGUCAACGCGGAAUGGGGCGUCAUCCAGUUCGCGCGCUCCUGUCCAGGCUACAGUAGUUUGUGGGGCCUGAUGAAGCCGAAGCCACUGCUCUUGCGGACCCAGUGUAAAGAGAAAUUUGUGCACCCGUGUACGACAUGCGCACAUGUCGUACACAGACACAAAAGUUACGCAUGUCGCACAGACGCAUGUCGUACAGAGACGCACAUGUCGCACAUAACAUAGCGUCGCACAUCACUCGUGCGUCAAGGCUUGCCUGAGGGUGCAUCGAGUGAGAUUUUUGAGCUUGAUGGAGUGUCUACAAGAUAUAAUGGAUGUAGAUAAAGGAAUUUGAUUGCAGAAGCACUACGCAGUGCAUGAGGGAGAGAUUGAGUUGUUACACGACUCGUCUGAGGUACGUACGUGAUUAAGCUAUCAUCAGAAAGUGUGUUGCUUGUCCUCUGUUGGACAUUAGAUUAUCCAAAAAUAUAUCAGCAUGCUGUUUUCUCGCACGAAAGUCAAGGGUGUCACUCAGCCUACAACCUACUAUCUGAAGCUGCGCUCAUUAUUUCUGCUCUAAAUUUUUUUUUAAUUUUCUUGCACCGAGUGAAGCGUCCAUUGUGAUGGGAUAUUGACCUACAUCUAUCAUCUCACGAACUUCGUUCAGUGCAGCGAUACCUAUAGCUUCGUUUACAUGAACUCCACUGGAGUGGAUCGAGUCAAAAGUCGAGCUGACAAGUCUCUCGCGGCCAGGUUUACACGCAUUUUCUAAGGGGGGUGAGCGAUUAAACCCACCCAAUGCAGGCGGGUUGACAGAACUUCGCCUCGACGUUCGAUCAGCUCGAGCCGCUAGCGUUUACAAGAACCCGAAGACCGGAUUUCGGCCCAAGGCCACGCGACUCGACCUUAUCACGUGCAUUUAAACAGAGCUCAUGUCUCCUCCAUUGUCCACCUCUGAUCGCCCUCCAUGCAACGCCGACUAAAUGAAAACGGUCACAGAAAGAUUUGAAGCGCACAAUGGCCGAGUCCUCCACCAUUCCCUGGAACACGCUGCCAGUAUUUGUUACUGAUUGGUUGAAACGAGCUCGGCUUCGCUGCAGUGCAAGGAGACGCGCGAGACAGAGUGUAGCUGUUGUGCUUCUGUGUAAUGAACAUUGUCAAGUGUGGUGGGCGACUUCUGAUAGUCCAGAGGACAUGGCUCCUGAGGCUUUUUGCCGUUCCCGAGUUAUGUGGAAAAUCAUGCCAUGGGUAUACGUUAUGAAUGAAUGAAAAUUGUGUCCCUACUGGUGUCUACGUUGGGAAAAAAGGACAGAACAACUCGAAAGGUUAACUACGUGACAAAAGCGCAGAGACUGCAUGGAACAUGCCUGUACAACCACAAGUCUGUCCCUGACUACCGAAGUGAUGAAUGUUUCUGGGACUGUCUUGAUCCAGUUUUAUUGUUUCAAGUGGCUUGAAUGGGUUUCGCCUGUCUUCAGCACGUCAUGUCGGAGGGGUGCAACGUGAAUUGGUUCUCUGUGGUGUUUAUGAAUAUGCAGCAUAGACCAACGCACGUGAAUAGCGCUGACGGGCGUAUGCGUAAAGAUGAACGCAGAGAGAAGAAAGCAUGUUCAUUAUAACGUUCUUAGCGCUUAUAAGAAUGAGGCUGCCGGAAUCCUGCCGACAAGCAGUGCAUCAAUCACUGCCGCGUUUCACCUACACUGCUCCCUGUCCAGAUAACCACGCUUUUUGCAUACUUCUAUAGGCAUAGCUAGAAGCGCAACGUGCGUCACUAAGUUAGAGAUCUUAACACUAUGUGCUGAAUGUCCGUCUAUGUCAAACAAUCCUCAGCUUCUCUUGCCAGAGGCCUCUGGAAAAACUCCGUCGACAACCACUCCCCCAAAAAGCUGAGAUAGAGGGCAUACUACAAACGGGGCCAAGAGAAAAACGUUUGUUUUACGACCACGAAGUGGUAUGCUCCAUGGAGGUUGAAUAACACACCACGAACGGACUAACAUUAUACAUUCAUAAAUACGUUCAUGCGUAAGCGAAGCAUGCAAGACGUAUUUAAUCAAAAUAAAAACAGAUACGAACGCGCAUGUGCGGAUAUCCAAGUACUCAAUAAAAUGUUUGCAAUGCUUACCUGAA